AUCAGUGCGGCUAAGAAGAAAUGUCUUCACUGUUAUCACAUGUUUUUUAACCUUGCUGGUGACAGUCAUGUUGCUAUCUUAUCAGAAAUGGCAUUAAUAAAGUGCAGGCACCCAUAAAUAUGUGCUUCGAUGAUCUUGCCAAGAACAGUUGACAUAAUCAAGUUCGAGGUUCUGUCUUGAAUAGAAGCUGUCAGUCUGCAUCGAUUCAGUUGAGCAACUCAAGCUGAACUUAAUUUAUGAACCGGGCUAUAAAGGACUUAUUUCUUUUACUAUCUCAAAGGGCGGAGAACAACAUUUGUAUAGUUUGUCCUUGAGGGAUUAUUAACUAAAGCCUUUUCUCUGGUCAACCCAAAAAAACGGAGUGUUCGUACACUCUUCUAAGACAGACACAAAGAUCAGCUUCCGAAACUUCCGAAGCCCGUUCUACAGGACUAAGGAAUUCCAGGACACUAGGAUACACUGGAUUGCCACUAUUUAUAUAUUCAUUAUCAGUUGAAAAUCAGCUUUCUGCACACAGGAGCCUGAGUUCUUCAGAGAUAUUUCCAGGACCAUGACUAAUGGACAAUGACCUGCAGAGGAAAUAUUUAAUUUUUGUGUCUCUCCCUAGGUGGAUGCUGUUAUUUAUUUUUAAGAGUUACUGUGCUAAUGCAUUUACUUUGCAACCUGAAAGUAUAUUAUUUAUCAUGUAAAGAUUCACAAGGAUGAUAUUAUCGAUUUCCACAUUUUAUCUAAGUUGAAGAAGUGUAUUUAUUGGAGGCUUAAGUUUUACAUUUUGAAGCACACUUUUAUCUGCUCAGUUGUAUGACUGUGAGACUGUAACUUAAAAACUUGAAAGAUAUAAAAAGAAGUUGUUUUUGAAUUUGUAAGGGAGAUAAAAAAAAAAGCCUUUCAUAGUUAAAGGUCUGUGCUGAGGUGCUGACCAGCAGAAUGACGGGUGGUGGCCCUGUGGCCCUCUUCUCGGUAUGGGACUAUGUGGUGUUCAUUGGCAUUGUGUUGGCGGCCGCUGCCGUGGGCCUCUUCCAGGCCAUCCGCAGCCGCAAGAACACCAGCAGUGAGGAGUUCCUGCUGGGCGGCCGGCAGAUGACCGCCGUGCCCGUGGCCAUGUCGCUCACCGCCAGCUUCAUGUCGGGCAUCACCGUCAUUGGGACGCCGGCCGAGGCCUAUCGCUACGGCACGGCAUUCUGGCUGUUUGUCUUCUCCUACGCCAUUAUGUCCAUUUUCAGCGCAGAGGUGUUUGUCCCGCUGUUUUAUCGACUGGGCAUCACCAGCACCUAUGAGUAUCUCGAGAUGCGCUACAAUAAAGUGAUAAGAGUGAUUGGAACCUCCAUGUACAUCACUCAAACAGCUCUGUACACAGGCAUGGUGAUCUACGCUCCAGCGCUUGCCUUAAAUCAAAUCACAGGGCUGGAUCUAUGGGGUGUUCUGGUAGCAACUGGGGUGGUCUGCAUAAUCUACUGCACCUUGGGGGGUCUGAAGGCGGUGAUCUGGACGGACGUAUUCCAGAUGGUCAUCAUGCUGGUUGGGUUUGUGGCGGUGAUAGCAAGAGGAGCUGUGCUGCAGGGAGGCCUGGGGAACAUCUGGAAGGAUGCCGGGGACGGAGGACGACUUGAGACUUUUGACUUCAAUCCAGACCCUCUGCAGCGACACACCUUCUGGACCAUAGUGGUGGGCGGGAGUCUCAUGUGGACGUCCAUCUACUCCAUCAACCAAUCCCAAGUCCAGCGCUACAUCUCUUGUCGCACCAUGACACAAGCGAAAUUGUCUUUGUAUGUGAACAUGGUAGGACUCUGGGUGACCGUUUCCUUAGCUAUGUUGUCUGGUCUGACGAUGUACUCCAUUUACAAGGACUGCGACCCCCUGACCAGAGGUGAUGUGGGCAAUAUGGAUCAGCUUCUGCCGUACCUGGUAAUGGACAUAUUAGCAGAAUUCCCAGGAAUCCCUGGUUUGUUUGUGGCAGCAGCCUACAGUGGCACGUUGAGUACCGUGUCGUCCAGUAUCAAUGCCCUGGUGGCUGUGACCGUGGAGGACUUUGUGAAGCCCUUCCUGCCAAACAUGUCUGACAGACAUGCGUCAUGGAUGAACAUGGGGCUAAGUGUUUUUUUUGGUGGAGUAUGCAUUGGGAUGGCAGCAGUUGCUUCACUGAUGGGCAGUAUCUUGCAGGCUGCGUUGUCGAUAUUUGGAAUGAUAAGUGGACCACUGCUAGGACUAUAUCUUCUGGGCAUGUUCUUCCGUUGUGCCAAUUCAACGGGAGGACUAAGUGGGCUGAUAAGUGGCCUGGUCAUCACUCUCUGGGUAGGCAUUGGAGCUCAGAUCUACCCCCCUGGUCCAGAUAAGACAAACCCACUCCCUCUCACCACAGCUGGCUGCAUCGUGGACACAAACUUCACCACCAUGAGUCCAUGGACAACAACAAUGGAUCUCACUACCCCAGUGCCCAGGCCGCCCCUUGCAGACAGCUGGUACUCUCUAUCCUACCUGUACUUCUGCCCUCUAGGCACAAUCAUCACCAUCAUGGUUGGUCUAGUAGUCAGCCUUGCCACAGGUGGAUGCAAGAGAGAGAAGCUUCGUCCAGAGCUCUUCAUUGGCAAGAGGGACCUGAUCUGCUUUGGCUGUAACAGACACUCCACAGAGACUUCUGAACUCACAGAGAAGGUACAUCCUGAUGGCAAGCAGGGAAUUGACAACCCGGAGUUCAGCGACAUCGAACUGGAGAAAAAAGAAAAGGACAUGGACACGAUCACACGGUUCUGAAGGGCCAAGACCAGCCAAAGCCAUCUGGAAUGGACAAACGCCACCUAUCACCAUGGACUCCACCCUGUAUUGUUGAAGCAAUUUGACACUCUAUGCCUCUCUAAUGCCAGUUAAUCAUUACACAUGAUUCUUUCCUGUAAAUGAAACCUGAAUUGCACUGUACUUUGUGUUCCUGGGCAUACCGACUGCACUUUGACUCAUUGGGUGUUGUUUUUUUCUGCAAAGUAUUAAAUAUAGAAUUUAAAAAGUAAGGACAUUUAAAAAAUAUGGGGCAUAUUUUUAUGAUUUUAUUAUUUAAAUUAGCAUAUUUGGAAUGUCAGGGUGGUGCAAACAUUCAUAAAAUGUUUAUUUUGAAUUGAAGAGUGAAACGUUUGUAAAUCCCUCUCAAAUAUUGAUUAAAAACAGCUACUUUCUCUUCACUGUUGGACUUGUAAAGAUUACGUGUCAGGUGGUACAAUCAAUGUAAAACUAAGAAAAAAAAUAUUUAAAUAUAAAACUCUUAGAUUUUAGUGUAAUUUUGUGUAAUUUUCAUGUGUUUUGAGGGGCAAAAUUAUUUAUUUAAUCUUAAAUGUUUUAUAUCAUAGUUUUUAUUAUCAAGAAUAAAUUUGGGAAGAAGUUGCUGUCUCAUUAACUGAAUGAAAUCACUCACUACUAAUAGGCAAAGCACAAGUUCAAACUCUUCGAAGGCUUGUGAUACUACAGUGUCAGUAGUGUAUUGGUAUUGGUGUAUUGGCAUGCUCUGAAGAAAUGGAGUGAAACUUGCUUGCACACAAACUCAGCAGGAAGCACUGUGACAAACCUAUCACCGUGACAACUCACCCGCACAGGAAGUUUGCACUGCACAGGUCCGCCCACCUGGUUUGCAGGGUGACGCAGAGAGUGCUGUGAGCGGUGUCUGAUCUUUAGGGAGUGGAGUAUAAUCAGUAAGAAGUAUAGAGGGGAAAGGACAACAGGAGUUCUUAGUGAAUGAGACACCAAGUUCCUGGUUGGACUUUCCUGGACUUUCUCAUAUUACUUUUACAACAUGACAAUGACCAUGAAAAUAAUCACUCAAAGGCUCCUUUUCCUGACUUAUAUACUUCUAUUGAGCACGGCUGGUAAUGUUGCCAAAGACAGUGACCCCACGACAAUAAACCCACAACCAGCAACUGACAAAUCUAUGAUGACAACUGGACUUACAACAGAAAUCGGUACCCGUCCUCCUUCUACACCUGAGAGUUCAACUGUUGCCACAUCAAGCCACACAACCACAAGCACCGCCAUCACCACCACGACCACCUCCAUGCCACCCUCAAUGUCCACUACCCAGACCAAGUCAACAACAGUGACUUCUCAGCCCAGCUCAACAUCGCCACAGCCGUCCACAGCCACAACAGGGAGCACAGUGGUUCAAACCACACAAUCCACCAGCAGCAAAAGUGCAACUACUGGCUCUACACCCAGUGUGAGUUCAACUACAACUACUGGCCCUACACCCAGCGUGACUUCAACUACAACUACUGGCUCUACACCCAGUGUGACUUCAACUACAACUACUGGCUCUACACCCGGUGUGACUUCAAAUACUAGCUCUACACCCAAUGUGACUGAUACCACAACCAACUCAUCCAACACAACAGCAAUUAAUCCUGGUGGUGGGCUGAACUCUUCAGAGAUGGCACUGACUGUGGUCUUAGGUAUUGUUCUUGGGGUGGUUGCGCUUGCGAUAAUAGUUUACACCCUUAGAAAGCGCAGACAAAGAAUGCUCCCAUUCACUCAUCAGAGACUCUACUGUAGAGAUGACACAGUGGACUUGUUUGCACCUCCUGAUGACACACUGGUCAUUUCUGGUGGGCUCUACGAUGAAACACAGAGGAAUCCUGAUGGAGAUGUCACCAUGGACCACUCGUUUUCAGGUCAGCCUGCUCGAUUGCGACUAGAAUUCCUAAACGAUGGGACGGAGAGGACCCCAAAUCAGGCUUCAACUUUCGCGACUUUCCCAUCUCAGUGGUCUUGAAUUGAAUGAGCAUGGGCUCUUGUGGAUGGAAUAUGGAACUUUGGUCCAAGGCAUCAUGAUUCCUUUCAGGGUAAUGAGAGCUGAAGCUUUUCAUUUAAAGCCGAUUUAAACCUUUGAUCCCUGAGACUUUGAAUUGAGUAUGGUGACAUGCAGGAUUGUGGCAUUUAGAAAAUUAUUUGUGACUGCAUUCCAUACUGUAUGCUAUGCUCAUCAAACAAGCAAGAAAUAAGGGGAUACUGUAAGCAAUGUAUAUGCACAACCUAAGUAAGAUGGCUGAUGAUUGCCAGACAAGGAUAAACACUUCUUUGCCUUAAUCAACAUUAUUUAGUCUGAUUACAGGGCCUGUGGUUGCAAACAAAUGACACAGUCACAUUUGAAGUUAGAACGUUAUGACCAAUUAGCUUACAAAUGGUGACUGAUGCUGAUGCAACUCCAUACUCAAAGAGCCGACUAAUCACCAGCACAUGCCAUAUACUGUAUGUAGGGUUUAAGACAAUACAGUAAACCAACUAUGUUAAAUGUGUUUAUUAUGAUAAAUAACAGCUAAUAUAAAAACAAAAACAUUUGGAUUAAAUGUCAUUUCAGUGCUAAUGGUAACAAAAUGGAAAAAAAUACUGUAUAGUAAAUAGUCACGUGUACAACAGAUUGUGUAAACAGAUCAGUAAUUGUUUAUACGGACACAUAAAUAAGUAAAUAAAUAAGCAUAUAUAUAUAUCAUGCAUUUCAUGCAUAAACUGUAAAUAUAUUGCUGUGAACCGAAUCAAGUAAAUAACUGUAAUAACAAAGUGCAAUAACUGUAAAUAGUCCAGUAAAUAAAUGUUUAAAACCUC